AAGAUUUGCAGUUAAAAUAGGGGGUUCAAUGUGCAAUUGAAAACGUUACAAAAAACUAAGUUUGAUGAGUUGGCAGCGCAGAUUUGAAGAAACUCCCGUCCCGUCCAGCGCGGGCCAGCAGCUCCUCGGCCGCAGCCCGACUCAGGUCCCGGUGAUACCACAACGGAGACGCUUGCCCCAGCGGCGACACCCCGCCGCCACCGGCCAUCGCCCCAGCACCAGAAGCCCGAGAGAGAUGUCCACGCUGUUCCCCUCACUGUUUCCUCGGAUGACAGAGUCUCUAUGGUUCAACCUGGACCGACCGUGUGUGGAUGAGACGGAGUUACACCAACAGGAACAACAGCACCAAACCUGGUUACAGAGCAUUGCAGAAAAGGACAAUAACUUGAUGCCUAUUGGGAAGCCAAUCUUUGAGCAGACGUUUGAUGAGGAGGAAGAGGAGGAUGACGAGGAUGAGGAAGAUAGUGAGGAAGACUCGGAAGAUGAAGAGGACAUGCAGGACAUGGACGAGAUGAACGACUACAACGAGUCACCAGACGACGGCGAAAUCAACGAGGUGGACAUGGAGGGAGCAGAUCAAGACCAGGAUCAGUGGAUGAUCUAGACCAGAGUAAUCCAUCCUACUCUGACCCCCCCUGUGUAACUGCAGGGGGCUGGAUGGGGACUGGCUGAGAGUCAGUGUGGCGGCCGGCGAACUUCCCUUGGUCUUCACACGCUGACACCACAGGAAGGGACAUGGCGUAAUGUUUUAUUGCAUUGAGAAAGUGCUGUGUAUGCGUGUGUGUUCUACAGUUGCAGUGUGAAGACCAUAAACUGGAAAAAUGUGUUUGGCUUUUUUUGCUACUUUAGCAGAGGGAGAGCAUCCUCGGCUAUCCUGUCUUCUAGUUCUGGUCCCGGAGAUUAUGAGACCCUUAACCCCAAAGUUCAAGUUCAAAAGGUUUAUUUGUCAGUCCAAAACAAACAGGCUACGGGACAGCUUUGUUUAGGCGACGUGUGCGCCCAAGGACGUUGGAGUCCAUACUCCUCUCUGCCACUCGUUGUUAUGUCUGUGUACUUACCACCCCUCCAGCCACACACACACACAGUGAUGGGUCACAUCUUAAAGGCUCCCUCUGAAGUGGCCAUAAACGACAGCCCGUAACAGCAGUUGAGUACUUUGGUGUGGUAAGUGGUUGGCAGCAGAAAUGGGGACAAAACAUACUGAAGGUAUUUCAACAGAACUGAUAAAAUGUCAUGUUGUAAAAAGGAACUUGGUGGCUGUAUGUAAAUGAAAUGGCUUUUAAUGGCGUUUAAAGCGUCUUAUGUAAAUAAAUCACAAAGUUGUAUAAAGAA